CAAUCACGUAGCGUCCUGCAGGCUGUUGCCGUGAGCACAAUGGCUGGGACAUCCGGCGUUCCAGGGUUGCCAGGAUACGCGAGCGGCGAGUAUUUUGUGCGUGUUCCUUCUGCUGACUGGCAAAGUUAUAACAGUAAACCCUUACCUGUCAUUUUGGAGCUGGUAAAGCAGUAUGACUGGCAUGGCAGUUGGCAAGGAUACAGAUUUUGAAGAUUCCGCAGAAGAAGACACACAGUUAAAACUUCAGAUGCUAAUCUUGCCCUCUCAGAAACCGGAAGACAAACAAAAGGAUCACUGUGAUUACCUGCUGGAUGCUCUGGAUGAACAACUGAAUCAGUUACAGCCACAGUCAAGUUUCAAGAUAGUAGAAGACAGCAGACAUAAACAGAUAGAAAACUCUGCAACAGAUCUGGAACAGGCUCAUAGACUUGUUUCUCAGGAACCCAGACAUGAACAUUCCACUGAUUCCAGUAAGCAAACAAAAGAGUGUAAGAAAGAGGAGUACAAGUGGAGGCUUUCUCAUCUUUUAGGCUCUGAGCAGACAGAUGCACAGGAAUAUCACAGUGACUCCAAUUCUACAGAAAGUGUGUGCACUGAGGACUUUGUUAUGAAGUUCAAAAAAGGCAUGAUUGACCCAGUAGUUAGUGGUGGCAAUGAUGAGAACACCACGAGCAGUUCAGAGAGAAGUUAUGGAGACCAUAAGAAAACCUUAGGUGACAUAGCUGAAAAGAAUGGUAAAAUAGGUCUUCAAACAGAAAGCACUUCAGAAGAUCAUGUGCAACUUAACACUGCAAGAAGAGAAAUUUUCUUGCAAAAAUUUAAAGAAGAGUUACAAGCUGCACUCUCGUUUAGCGAUUCAGACCAGGCUGAAGAAUGUGGCAGGAAAAGGAGAGACAGUUUGGAGUCUCUGGGAGGAAGAAUAUCAAGACUUAGUCAUGCAAAUAUUUCAGAGCCUUCAAGCCUGCUAAGCUUUGGGAAAGGCAGUUCAGUAGUAAGUCAUUUGUCUUCUAAAAGUGCAGAUGACAGCCAAAAAGGUUUGGGUUCUAAGGAUGAUUACAUGAUUACCACCCAGCCUAUUUAUUCCAACACCUUGGAAAGUGCCGAAGCCAGUAUGAAGACUCUCCAGGAGACAAAGAAUGAGAGUCUACUUGAAAUAGGGCUAAACCAAACUAGAAAAAAUAAUCAAGGCACCCAGAUAUCUCACCAAAUAUCAGGUACAGUUUCCGUUCACAAUGAUCACAAUUCACUAGAAAAUUAUAAAGAAGAAGGAAAAACAGAAAAUAUCAGAAGUUCAUGGCAAAAUAAAGAUUGGGGAUCAGAGUCAGAAAUACCAGGAGCAAGCCAGAUGGAGAGACUGGAAAAUUCACAGAAAUGUUCCUAUGUGAAAUACUCAAUGUACAAUGAAAAGAAUAUUGGUGGAAGCCAAGAACUCAGUUCCAAGGUUCUUAUAGAUGAGACUGCAGCAGGAACACUGUUAUCCAGAGAUGCAACAGAACAUCCUGAAAGUGAUAAGAUUUGUGCAAAGCAAGAAAGAGAAGCAUAUUAUCCAAAAGAACAGGCAUCGUGGGAAUCAAACUUUAAACCUGGAUUAAGUUUCAAAGACAAAGCAGAUACUCAGACUAAAAUAGACGUCUCCCUGACAGAUGAAAGGACUGGCAUUGCACAGUAUAAACAUGUGGCUGGUAUCCCUUUGAAGAGUUUUGACGCAGUGACAGUAGACAGUGAUCUGGACACGGUGACAACAGAAAGAGUGCGGGAUCACAUCCGAAAGGCCCUGGGAAGCAAGAAAGAUCCCACACAAAACACAAAAAGAGUGCAUCGGCAACGCAGUGAGCUCUUAAGAUACUCUAGUAACGUGACCACAGAUGAUGAGGAAAAGGAGGAAUAUCAGAAGUCCUACACAGAACGGAGGAACAGAAGUCCCAAGAGAUGGCACUCAACCCCACAGGCAGCUGAAAGUACCUGGGAACACAGUGUCUCCAGCCUUCCACCAGACUUAAUGAGUAUCCCUGAUCUUGGGCAGCACCACAGACUUCUAGAAGAUCUUACAAGAGAGAAAGUGCAUCUCGAGGAAUAUGUUACCAAACUUCGCAGGGACAUAGUUCUUGAAGAAGAAAGAUUAGCGCAAAGGAAAUCUCAACACAGGGACGUGGAUGAGUCCUUUAAUGAUGCUUUACAGCAAAAGAAGGAAGCUUACCUAGAGUUGGAGUCCAUGCAAGAUUUACUUGAUCAGACUCAAAAGGAAGUUGUUAAAAUGGAGUCACGCUUAAGGGAGAACCAGAUCACAAGUGACGAGUUCAGGAAUGAGUUGGCAGUACUGGAAUACAAGCGCAGCGAAUGCCUAAAAAAUCUUCACGAUCUAGAACUGGAACUGGAAAUGACAAAACAGCAGUGCUCAAGUGCUCAGAACAGCCAGAUAGUCAGUCUCCAGUAUGAGAUCUCUUCCCUGACAAGUGAACGAGAUGAGCUAAAGUCCCGUUUACGUAACUUGGAAGGCAGUAUCUCCUUUUUGGAACGUCAGGAGCUUGAACGGCAACUCACUUCGACAAAAUCGGAACUCUUUUCAGAACAACGGACAGCUAGGGUCAGGACUGAUAAACUUCAAGAGAAUUUAGAAGAGUCUCAGUGCAAGCUGGAGGACAAAACCACAGAAUGUGUUGAGUUGCAGGAGAAAAACAAGCAGCUUAAGUCUCAGCUACGUGAACUUGAGAAAAAAUAUGAAUCCAAAAUACAGAGUCAGGCAGAAGAGGCAUCUGAAGAAAAAGAUGCACUAAAUCAACAUGUUACAGACUUGACUUCCCACGCAAGGGAGCAGAAUACAAAAGUAACCUCUCUGGAGAAGAUACUGUCUGAAAAGGAGCUAGAGCUGAUGAAACUGAGAGAUAUUAUAUCCACCCUAAAGGCUGAUAAGGAAGCACAGACACUGGCCUCAGACUCUUUAAAGGAACAACAGAACAAGCGGGUGAUGGAACUGCAGCUUCAGCACCAGCAAGAUAAGGACAUGCAUAUCACAAAACUGAAAGAGGAGCUCGAAAGCCAGAAAUUGAAGGACCUCCAACAACUUGCAGAAAACAUGGAACAGGCUAAAAUGAAAGCACUACAGGGUCAAGCAGAAGCUCUCAGAAAGGAAACCGAUAAAGUUGUGAAGUCCCUAGAGGCAAAAGACAAAGAAAUUACUAAACUAAAAGAAGCAGUAAAAUCCCAGAAGGACUCCAUGAAAAAGCUUGCUGUAGAGCUGAAGCAGGAAGCAAGAGAGAUGGUGCACAACACACUGCUUCGAGAACAGAAGAAGUGGGAGAAAGAAAAGAUGGAUGCACUACAGAUACAGAAACAUACUUUAGAGGAGGAGAGGCUUCGAGACAUGGCGGAUUUGCGUGAAGCUCUAGAGAGGGAGCGUAGAACAAACAUGAUGUUAGAGAAAAAAUCUGCUGAUCUCCAAAAUAUUAUUCAGGAACACGAGGUUCAGAAUCGCUCGCUCCAGCGGGAGAAACAAGAUGCUCUAGAUGAACUCCGUGCUGUUCUAAAAGACGAAAAUCAAGAAGACAUGAAAAGACUACAACAGGAACUUGCUAAGGAGCGAGAGCGAGAUAUGGAGCGUCUGAAAUUUAGGAUGCAUGAGUUGGAGGAAGAGCAUCAUGUGCUACGAGCUGAAAAGAAUGAAGCUGUGUUCCGAGAAAGAGAAGCCCUAGCACAGGCUGAUCGUGCUGAGAAAGUACUGGCCAGAGAGAUUAGCACUGUAUCAGAGCGUAUUCAGAAUGCCAUGGGCCGGACCAGAAUACAUAGCCCUUCACACAACAGGCAUGGAAGUCCCUCUCGUCUCUCUACCAAUCAAGCACUGCAGAUGCUGCAUGGAGUAUGUGAUGAAACCAACCAGCUUGUACAUGAUUUACAGCAAGAAGUAGAAGCUCAAAAGCGCACUGUUCUUCAUGUGCAAAGAGAGAAGGAGCGAGAAUUACACCAACAGAAAGAACAAUUGCAAUUAGAGAGGGAGAAGUCGCUUGAAUUGAUGAAGGAAAGACUUAUACAGGAGCACAUUGAAGAGAUCACCAACCUGCAGAGAGACCAGCUUCGGGAUUCUAGCAGUGCGGAGAGUCAAUCUCUGCGGCAGCAGCUGCGGGAGAAGGAUAAUGAGCUGCGUGCUAUCCAAAGGAACAUGGGCAAAUGGAAAGAUGAAACCGCUGCAAAGCUUGCUCGCAAAUUCGAAGAAGAGCUCAAUGUAGAGUUAGAAAAAUGCAAAGUGGAAUUUUUAAAAGAAAGAAGUCUCUCCAGGAGCAAGGCCUCAGAAAGUCACCGAUACACAGAAAGAGUUGGACCAGGAAUGCGAAGGCUUUCAGUGCAGGAAGGAAGAGAAAAUUCACACCUCCGCUCAUCCUCCACCUCAUCCUUGAACGUGGUAGGUGCACAGCAUGACUUUGGUGCUCUAAAGAUCCUGCGGAAUUUGCAGGGCAGAGUCAAAGAGCUGCGGACAGAUAACAGGUUGUACCAUGGGGGCAGCAUGGAAGAUCUAAAUUUACUGAGGACUGAUCUGGGAAGUCCCUACAAACAAAAGAAACCAUUAAUGACUGAACGAUCAAUGGCACACCUUAAAGGAACCAUUAGGAAAUAAACCACGCUCCCGUUCUUGAGAAAAGAAUGUCUCCUAGGAAUGUUCUAAAAGACUCAAGCAAAGAGUUGCAUCCAAUUAAUAUUAUAUUUUAAGUCUGGAAAUGGACUGCUCAAUGUUUGUACCUCCGAACAUAGUGUCUAGUUAUGUUUAGCUGUGGUUUAUAUUAUGGACUGCUGGAACUGGAAGUUCUGAUUGCAUCCUCUUGUUUCCAGCACAGCAUGAAGACCAGUAACAUAAUCUGGGGAGAAAUUAUUCAUCGUGACCAACUAUGCCUGCAACAUCCUCAUAUUCUGUAGGGCUUGUUGGAAAGAGGGUUGAUUGGAUUUAGCUAGGAUUGGGUAUGGCCUGAGUGGCAAAGUGAGCAGAAAAAUGUUGCAAGGAGAUAUGUUUGUGUUAUUUAAAGCAGUAAUUUGACAUCUGGAGAUUUAAUUUAAUAGCAAGAUUUCAACAUAUAUAUAUAUAUAUAUAUACUAGAAAUUAAGCCC